GCGGGUGGCCCCGCCCCCUCGUCGGCCGGGUGUGGGGCCAUGGCGAGGCCGGGGGCUGCGCGGUCCGGCAAGGCACUGUCUUCUGGAAGGCUAACAGGAGCAUCUAAAUUAACAAAUGGAAGAAAACAGUUUGGCUUAAGAAAAGGAUGCCAUUCUGAUGUGGAGUCUGGAUACUCUCUUUAUUCCACUGACUCUGACGAUCAGGUUGAUGCUAUUCAUAAUGGACUUGACCGUUGUGCAGCUUUACUGAAGAAUAUUUUACAAAAUGAGGCUUCAGGGAGGGAUACUAUCCAUAAACAACCUGGGAAAACAACUUCAGUUAAAAUUAAUUCAAAGCCCUUGCUAACCAAAGGAAAUAUUUCAAAGAAGAAAGGAUUGAAAAAAACCACUACUCAUGCCCACAUCCGAAAAGAAAUUGUGCCAAUAUCAAACAGAAAACUUGCCUCGUCUGCCACACCUUCUAGUGAGAAAGAACUUCUCAGUUCAGCACAGAAUCAGAUGGUUCAACCAAUUCAUGUGCCUUGCAGUCAACACUCUCCUGUGAUGCAUCAGAAACUGUGCGAACAUGUGCAAACUCAGAUGUCUCUCAUAACUGGCCAACCACCACAGAACAGUAAUGAAAUUCCUACUGCAACCUCUUUUCCUACAUCAGAUCACGGGUGUCAAAAUGUUACAGCUUGUAAUUAUCGAUUACCUACCUCCAUAGCAGCUCUGUCCCUGCAGCAUUCAGCUAAUCCCUUAUCUACUCAGUCAGAUGUUCCUGUAGAGAGGGGGAAUGAAUGUGUGCCAGAGUUGGGAGCACCUGUGGUGUGCCCGGUAGUUUCUGCUGCGCCUACUACUGCUGUGCAAAUACAGUCUGCCACUGCUCUUCCUAGUGUAGCAUCAGGUGCAUCAAAUAGCUCUGCACUGCCUACAUUCAUCCCAUCAUCUGGCAGAGAGAUGACCCCAAACCAUGAGCAACAGAUAAAAGAAGCAGAUCUGAUAAGAUGUAUACAAGCUCACCUGGCCCUGUUACAAUCACAUGAAAUGAUGAAUGGCAGGACUGAACAGAAGUGCCAUCAUCAUUUUCCAGCAAAUCAUAAUGUUUCAAGUAAUGAGGGGGAUAGUUCUGAAGAACACAGUGAGGACAGGGUCAGUGAAGAAGACGAAUUGAAGGUACUUGACAUAGCCCCAGUGAGAGAUACAAGCUGUAAGACAAGUUUUGUGAAGAAAGUUCUAAAUUCUAGAAAAGAAAGUCCAGAUGAAACAGCCCAUAAAGUUAAGACUGUAAAAUAUCUUCUAGGAGAGCUCAGAGCACUGAUAACAGAUCAAGAUGAUUCAGAAAUGUUAAGGUUGAUGAGUGAAAUAGAAGACUGCAUAUCAUUGUUCCCAGCUGUAGUGGGAAGUACGAAUAUACAAGCUGAAAUAGCACUGGCUUUACAGCCUCUCAGAAGUGAAAAUGCCCAGCUGCGUAGAAGACUAAGAAUAUUAAACCAGCAACUUGGAGAACGAGAAAGAAGCGAGAAGACAUCUGGACAGAGCUGCAACUAUGAAAUAGUUUCUUUGCAGUCUUUGAAUAUGAUGCUCCAGAGUCAUUUGAAAGAAUCACUGAAAGGCCUUGAGUCACUGCAGGCUAAAAAUGAAGAACUACUUAAAGUAAUAGAAAGUCAGAAAGGAGAAAAUAAACAUCUUGCAAAAGAUAUUCAAGAUAAAGAACAAGAAUUGCUUGAAAACAAACAGCAUUAUGAUAUUCAUUCCACCAAGCUCAAGAUCGAAGUUGAAGAGGCAUUAGCAAAUGUGAAGAGUCUUCAGUUUAAACUGGAAGCUUCAGAGAAAGAAAAUAAGAUAUUGAGCAUAACGUUACGUCAGCGUGAUGCAGAAGUUAACAGACUGCGUGAACUAACCAGAACCUUGCAGGGCAGUAUGGCCAAGCUUCUGUCUGACCUCACAGUAGACAACAUUAGACCCAAACCUGAAAAUGGUCUCUCGAAGUCUCUUUUGGAAGACCAUGAAAAGCACAUGCAAUCUGAUCCAUUUCCUGGAGGUACCUCAGUGAUGACUUACCUUGAAAAAUUAGAAAUGGAUCAUAUUUUGACAGAUACAGAACUUCAAUUCUCAGAUAAAAGUGAAGAAUUAGAAAUACAAAGUAUAGCCUAUGAAAAGUUUGCUGGUGAAGGAAGUAAAAUAAACAGUACAUCCUCAGGAGAAGGAACAUCAGCUCCCAGAAUACUGCUAACCUCACUGAAGGAAGAUGCAGAAACAGUUAGUGAUUCUGACACUUUACUAGAUGACCAAAACAAGUUGGAUGAGACUGUUUAUAUUCCACUGACUGGCAAUGCCUCUAAAAAACAGCAGCCAACCUCUGGUGUGCUACCCCAAAGAGGAGGAGUUUGUAAGAUGCUUGACUACCACUGUGAGCUCUCAAACUCUUUGCAGCAGAAUGGAUGUCAGGUAUCAAAGGAUCCAGCUAUUCUGGAUAAAUUAAGUGCUGGGUACAAUGUGAAAAAGACUGUGGAAAAAAUAUAUGAAGUUACAGGGGAUAAAGUGAAGCCAGGAGACAAAGUCCAAAAGAGUCCAAAAGGCACUCCAAGUGCAGCUGCAAAAGACUUCAUAGAUAAACCAGACCAAGCUCAGCCUGGUACAUAUCCUCGUGUAGUGAUGCCAUUUCCGAAAGAGAUUUCUCAGAAAAAAGGCAGUGAAAUAGCUGAUUUUAGUCCCAUUUCAUUUGAUGAUCUAUCAGGGAAGUCUGAGUGGAGUGCAUCCUCUUUCUCAACAUUUACUUCUCGAGAUGAAGAGGACUUUAAGAAUAGCUUAGCAGCCUUGGAUGCCAACAUAGCUAAGUUACAAAAAACUCUGCAAAAUAGCAUUAUGAAACAAUAAGUAUGAGGAAACAAAACAGGGUGCACUUGUUUGGAUUAUUUAGGGUUUUCUGAAGUGUAUUAGUAAGUAUGGUACUGAUACAAAUAUUUGUGUGGUUUUGGUAUGAAAUUAUUUGUUCUUAGCUGUUUAAAUUAUGGAUGGGAUUUGUUCUUUGUUAAGCUGUGGCGCUGCUUCUCUUGAUGUGUACAACUUGAAAUAACUGGUAUAAAUGCCUUUUUUAAUUAUGAAUUAGGUUUAUACUCUUCAAUGGCAACAUUAAUUUUUAGAACAGCACUUGGUAACUGUUUAAGAAACUGGUGUGCUGUUGGCAAUGCAGUUUUUCUACUAAAUGGUAAAGUACACUUGCGUGCUUUUUCAAAGUAGUAAGAGCAGCAGAGAGAUGCGUUGAAGUCUACAGAUGUAAUAAAGAAAAUUUUUAUUUCAUUAUAAUUUGACUGUUAUAAAUUUGGAUGCAUAGUUAUUUUCCUUGGUUGUUACCAUGUGUUUCAAGGAACUUAUCUCCUUGUUCUGGUUCACCAUGAAGGUGUGGAAGCAGUAGUGUCAAGGUUAAAGAAAGAGGUGACCAGGACUUCUUAUUCAGGUGCAUUGUGCUUAAUCCAAACGGGGUUUAAUCAAGAAGUGGGAGUUUAACUGGUGAAAGUGGAGCUGCGUUGAACAUAAAAAGUGUUCUGCCUUGACUAGGUAGGUCUCUUUGGGUUGUUUUGUGUUUUUCUUGAAGAGGAACUUAGGUGCAGAAGGCUAAAUUAAACUUCCUUGUUUACUCAUGUUUUUUCUUCCCCAAAGAACAAUUGCAAGGUACAAUACAUGGGCAAGAGGUUCCACAGGUAGAGGCCAGAGAAGAGCUAGCUGCAGAGCAGCUCUGCAAGAAUGUUGAGAGUUACAACUGUUAAGUCAGGAUCAUGCUGUUCCAAAAAACUACGCAGCCAUCCUACGGGAUUUGCAGUGUAUGGUAGAACCUAUAAAAUACAUGGAGUAAUCCUUCUUUGCUCAUUGCUGGUAAAACUCAAUUUUCAAUUUUGAGCAUUGUAUUUGAAAGAAAUUAAGUGGAGAGUCCAGAUGAGGACAAGAAAGGAACCAUCAAAUUUAUGUUCUUUUCUACAGUUCUGUUUUAGUUCAUAGCUUUUACAAAUGUUUGAUUUUAUCUAAAAGAGAAUAUAAGACCAGUGAAUAAACACAGAACAGACUGAUGCUGAGAAACAGAAGCAGCAACAGGCUUCAGCUGACACAAAGGAGACAAAUUAGGCAUCAGUGAAAGCUGGCAAACCAGUACAGUAAGCCAAGCACAAGAAUAUACAGGGUGAGGCAGUCAUGGAAAUUCCCCAGUUGUUGAGGUGUCAAACAUCUACUGGGCAUAAAUACAGAGUCUGGACUGAGCCACCCAAAUUGGCUCUCACAGGAAUGGGAGUGCAGGGAAGAAAGAUUCCAAUCUGUUGUUCUUGACAGGGCUUUCCAGAUCUUAGUGUCAAGAAUAUGUGUUUUGCAAGUUUUUAAGUGACAGGUGUAGGAAGGUGAUGUUAUUGCUACCAUUCUGUUCCUCUUACACCCUUAGAAGUACUUUGAACACUGCUUUUCA